AUGCCACGACCACCUGUGACAUGCCACAUUCUAGAUACUACCUCGGGCAAACCAGCACAAGGUGUCGUCUGCUCGAUCUACAAACUGAACGUCGAGGAUGUAUCUUGCAACGAGGAUACGGUUCUGGACGCCAAAGAAUCUGCCCCAUUCGCUCUAGCAAGAACCGAUAGUGAUGGCAGAGUUGGCUCCUGGGUUUUCAUCCCCGAUGUCUCCAAACGCACGUUUUUGAAGGAAAUUGGGAUUGUUGAAAAAGAUUCGCAUUUGGAGUGGAGAUCGCUGGUUCCAGGCUUUUACAAGAUUCGGUUUCAAACGGGCAAAUAUUUUGCGCGUGAAAACAAGACCUGUUUCUUCCCGUUUGUCGAGAUCGCGUUUGAAAUCAAUGAUACCAAGCAUUACCACAUUCCAUUGCUUCUCAGUAAUUUCGGUUACACCACCUACAGAGGCAGCUAA